AUAGCUGUGCAAAACCAGUGACCUGAAACCAAGCUGUAAGAAGAAGGGCCACAAAUCCUCCACAAUGAGAAAAAUACAGGGAACCAGCAGAGGUGGAAGCUGCUGAGGUCAGAGUUGUGCUGGCUCCUGCAUGACAGUAAACAUCUGCAUCAGAACCAAGUAACACGACACCUACUGUCCAACCCAAAGCGUGAUAUGUUUCUGGAUUUUCACGGCUUCCUGUGUAGCACAGGUUUGCGUAGAAGAGGAAACCACCGACAGGAUAUGAUCAAUUCUCCGAUCUGCACACGUGUCCUUUUGUUCACUUGUUUUUGUUGUUGACGUCUUCAUACAUGAACAUGGCACAGUUUCACUUCCCUGUGUCUGUUUGUUUUUUUACACCAUUGUCAACUGACACAGAGCAGUAAUGAGAAAAACCCGCCCAGCAGGAUUCCUGGCCUGUGGCUGUACAGGGUGGAGUUAAGCAGGGUGGCGCCCAGACACGCUGAGCAGAUGCACUUAGUCUUGCAUCGUCACACUGACAGAGUAGAACCUCAACGCCAGCACCAUGGACAACUUCCAGACGGUCCUGCGUUUCUUCAUGAACCAGAAAACUACAAUUGGCUACAGCUUCAUGGCUCUGCUGACUAUAGGAGGGGAACGGAUCUUCUCUGUAAUUUCUUUUCAGUGCCCUUGUAACCCAGACCAGAACUUCGCCUAUGGAAUGACCUUCCUGCUGGGCCCAGCUGCAGUGCUACUGAUCUUUGGUCUGUUCCUCAACAACAAGUUGUGGAGGCUCUACACUGGUUGCUGCCUUAACCCCAUGAAGCUCUGCCCCCAUGGGAACUGCUUUGGUUGCAUCAGGGUGUCCAUCAGCAUCCUGACAGGGGCCUGUGUGGCCCCUGUGAUGUGGCUGUCUGUGGCUCUGCUUAAUGGCACCUUCUAUGAGUGUGCCGUCAGUGGCCUUGAUGAUAAACUGGUGUUGGAUCUGUUUUGUAAAAACAAGACCUGGAUAUGUGAGCAGGAGCUGGCGCGAGUCCCCUGUGGCCGGACCAAGCUGUCUGACAAUGAGCGCACGGAUCUGCUGCUGAUGUUCAGAGCCCAGUCGCAGGUCCUGGGCUGGUGUAUCAUCAUUACGUCUGUGUUUGUGGGCCUCCUGGGAACAUGCUACAAAAACUGCCGCUCCAAAGUAAGCUACCUGCAGCUCACCUUCUGGAAGCGCUACAUGGAGAAGGAGAUGGAGCGCUUUGACGCCUUCACUGUGGAUUACGCCACCAAACUGGCCGAGAGGAACCUACAGAGUUUCUUUGAGAACAAAGAUCCUGCUCCGUUUCCUUUCCCUAAUCACAAAGCAUGGGAGGAAAUCUCCACACUCUACAGCUUCUCAAGGAGUGAACAGUAUUACAGCACCCUGCAGCGGUACGUGGAGAGGACAGAUCGGGACUUCACACCUGAAAGCAGACUCAUCAUAGAUGACCGUGAAGAAGAAACCAGAUAAAGGAUGCAUUUUCUGUUUCUUAAAACCUCAAUAUCCACAACUGAGUACGUUCUACCAGUUUGACUUCCCCUCCAGAAUAAAAGCUGGGAAAGCUUCCCUCAAAAUGAGAAAAUGGGAAACGGCUUUAAAUCCAGCUUUAAGUCUAAUUUUGAAAACACUGUUUUCAGCUUGUUUAUUCGCUUUUAACACAGCAUUUGGAUUAAAUUCCGUUUUUCCACUCAUAUCAAGAGAAACAAGAAAACAGAUGUGUUUUGUAUUUCAUCUUAUGGACAAGACUCCUUCAGCGUGUUGCACACAUGGGGCCUCCAUGAUGCCUAAAUGAAAGUAAGAAAAGAAAACCAGUAUUGGUUUAAUUAUCUUUUCUUGUCAAAGCAGUGACGUUUCUGUUCAGGGAGUGAAGGAUCAAAUUGAUAAUUUGCUUGACGUCUUCCAAGGCUUGGAGGAUUUAGUGAGACACAUCCAGAAUUUAUGAUAUGCUUCCCAGGUCAUGAGGGAAGCAAAGUCUGGGGAACUCAAACUCUUAACAUGUUUAGUUUGUAAAGAUAUCGUUGGUUUUUUGCUGUUGUUUUCCCAUGAAAACUGAUGCUUUGUGUUGUAUAUAAAACAACUAAAACAAUUAGUAACAAAAACUAUUAUUAUACAUGAGUUUAAGCAUAUUGACCUCAGUGAGAUCAGUCAUAUUCUGUUAAACCAUCAAAAGAAUGCACCGGUUAAACCACACAGGUUAGUACAGUAUUUAUCUAUUUCUUUUCUUACUUUCACUUAGGCUUCAUCGACUGCUCCAUGAGUGCAGCACGCUGCAGGACUAUUGUUGGGUACAAAGUGUGCACUGAGCUGUGGCAGAAUGAGUCAACGCUGUGCCUGAAAUGGAUGGAGGAGCCUGUGUACACAGGUUUUGGAGUUGUGAUUAUGAAAAAAUUGCCACUUUAUUUAUUGUGUGAUUGCUCCUGUUUAUGUAGUUUGUAAGUUAGUGUUUUAUUGUCAUACAGUACCAUCAUCUGUUUUACUUUUAAUAAAUGUUUUUUGUAUUCAGAAAAAAACAAAAAGGCCUUUGUUUGGAACUGUGUAUUUCAUGGCUAACAAUGCUGGACAGCUAACACACUCACAGGACUCAUACCACCAUCAGCCUCUCUCCCAGUGCUCUACCUCAGUAAGGUGUUGUUUUACUUGGACCAUGCCUCUACCAGACCACAGCAGCCACAGGACAACAUUCCUAUGAAUGAUUAGUUUACUGUCAUGGUUUUGCUUAUUUACAGCAUAUAAGGGAUUUAAUUAAUUACUCUGGGGAUUGUAGAACACAUAAAUGACUGUAGAAUAAGAUUUGGCGCAUCCACAGAGAGUCAGAAAUUAUUCUCUACUUUGACAAACAUACAUCUGGGCCACACCUCUACUAUUGACCCCUGUGGUCUGACCCAGUGACAGUCUACUGUACGUUUCAACCUGUCCGCCCAUCUGGACAUCUCUGUCUCCCAUCUUAAUGGAAUGGAUACCAUGAACAUAAAUGUAAAGUAUAAUGUGUAGAACUAUGUUUAUGGUUUAUGUUUUUGGUUACAAGGUCUGCAAAUUAAGCGUAAUUUUCCUUUCCAGAUGACAUCGGCUGAAAUCAAGCGGUUUUCUGGUUAAUUUGUCCAGAACAUAAAAUACAAAGAACAUUCUUUUUCUCGUUUUUCUUGAUAUGAGCGAAAAAUGGAAUUUAAUCACAGCACCGUGUUUAAAACAAAUAAACGAGCCGAAAUUGGUCUUUUCAAAAGCCCUUUCCCGUUUUCUUGUUUUGAGGAAAACGACUGGUUUUCUCGUUUUCCCAGCUUUUAUUCUGGAGGGGGAAAUCAAACUGUUAGAACGUACACAGACCAUUUUCUCAUUUCUCCUUAUAAAAGUGACAGACGGCAUUUAAUCAAAGCUGUUAAAAACUAUUAAACCAGCUGAAAAUGGUGUUUUCAAAACCAGACAAAUAAAUGGAUUUAAAGCCGUUUUACUAAAAACGAGAAAACGACUCGUUUUUCCAAAUUAGUACGUACACAGACCUAAAAUAUGCAUCAUUACAGUAACAGUCUGAAGCAGAGAUAUUAAAGCUCAGCUACACACAUGAAAAGAGCAGAACAACUGCAGACUGUACACUGUACCUUCACUCAGGUAUGAAGAAACCACAUGUAUCAGGUGGAAUGAGUAAACUACUGUAAACCUGU